AUGAGCUAUAAUAUUCUGACACGCCCCAUUCUCCCGCUUUCCAUCACCCCGCCCCAUUCUCCCGCUUUCCAUCACCCCGCCCCAUUCUCCCGCUUUCCAUCACCCCGCCCCAUUCUUCCUCCUUCCAUCACCCCGCCCCAUUCUCCCGCUUUCCAUCACCCCGCCCCAUUCUCUCUCCUUCCAUCACCCCGCCCCAUUCUCCCGCUUUCCAUCACCCCGCCCCAUUCUCCCGCUUUCCAUCACCCCGCCCCAUUCUCCCGCUUUCCAUCACCCCGCCCCAUUCUCCCUCUUUCCAUCACCCCGCCCCAUUCUCCCUCCUUCCAUCACCCCGCCCCAUUCUACCGCUUUCCAUCACCCCGCCCCAUUCUCCCGCUUUCCAUCACCCCGCCCCAUUCUCCCGCUUUCCAUCAACCCGCCCCAUUCUCCCUCCUUCCAUCACCCCGCCCCAUUCUCCCUCCUUCCAUCACCCCGCCCCAUUCUCCCGCUUUUCAUCACCCCGCCCCAUUCUCCCGCUUUCCAUCACCCCGCCCCAUUCUCCCGCUUUCCAUCACCCCGCCCCAUUCUCCCGCUUUCCAUCACCCCGCCCCAUUCUCCCGCUUUCCAUCACCCCGCCCCAUUCUCCCGCUUUCCAUCACCCCGCCCCAUUCUCCCUUCUUCCAUCACCCCGCCCCAUUCUCCCGCUUUCCAUCACCCCGCCCCAUUCUCCCGCUUUCCAUCACCCCGCCCCAUUCUCCCGCUUUCCAUCACCCCGCCCCAUUCUCCCGUUUUCCAUCACCCCGCCCCAUUCUCCCGCAUUCCAUCACCCCGCCCCAUUCUCCCGCUUUCCAUCACCCCGCCCCAUUCUCCCGCUUUCCAUCACCCCGCCCCAUUCUUCCUCCUUCCAUCACCCCGCCCCAUUCUCCCGCUUUCCAUCACCCCGCCCCAUUCUCUCUCCUUCCAUCACCCCGCCCCAUUCUCCCGCUUUCCAUCACCCCGCCCCAUUCUCCCGCUUUCCAUCACCCCUCCCCAUUCUCCCGCUUUCCAUCACCCCGCCCCAUUUUCCCUCCUUCCAUCACCCCACCCCAUACUCCCUCCUUCCAUCACCCCACCCCAUUCUCCCACUUUUCAUCACCCCGGCCCAUUGUCCCGCUUUCCAUCACCCCGCCCCAUUCUCCCGCUUUCCAUCACCCCGCCCCAUUCUCCCGCUUUCCAUCACCCCGCCCCAUUCUCCCUCCUUCCAUCACCCCGCCCCAUUCUCCCGCUUUACAUCACCCCGCCCCAUUUUCCCUCCUUCCAUCACCCCACCCCAUACUCCCUCCUUCCAUCACCCCACCCCAUUCUCCCACUUUUCAUCACCCCGCCCCAUUCUCCCGCUUUCCAUCACCCCGCCCCAUUCUCCCGCUUUCCAUCCCCCCGCCCCAUUCUCCCGCUUUCCAUCACCCCUCCCCAUUCUCCCGCUUUCCAUCACCCCGCCCCAUUCUCCCGCUUUCCAUCACCCCGCCCCAUUCUCCCGCUUUACAUCACCCCGCCCCAUUCUCCCUCCUUCCAUCACCCCGCCCCAUUCUCCCUCCUUCCAUCACCCCGCCCCAUUCUCCCGCUUUUCAUCACCUCGCCCCAUUCUCCCGCUUUCCAUCACCCCACCUCAUUCUCCCGCUUUCCAUCACCCCGCCCCAUUCUCCCGCUUUCCAUCACCCCGCCCCAUUCUCCCGCUUUCCAUCACCCCGCCCCAUUCUCCCGCUUUUCAUCACCCCGCCCCAUUCUCCCGCUUUCCAUCACCCCGCCCCAUUCUCCCGCUUUCCAUCACCCCGCCCCAUUCUCCCGCUUUCCAUCACCCCGCCCCAUUCUCCCGCUUUCCAUCACCCCGUCCCAUUCUCCGUCCUUCCAUCACCACGCCCCAUUCUCCCUCCUUCCAUCACCCCGCCCCAUUCUCCCUCCUUCCAUCACCCCGCCCCAUUCUCCCGCUUUUCAUCACACCGCCCCAUUCUCCCGCUUUCCAUCACCCCGCCCCAUUCUCCCGCUUUCCAUCACCCCGCCCCAUUCUCCCGCUUUCCAUCACCCCGCCCCAUUCUCCCGCUUUCCAUCACCCCGCCCCAUUCUCCCGCUUUCCGUCACCCCGCCCCAUUCUCCCGCUUUCCAUCACCCCACCCCAUUCUCCCUCCUUCCAUCACCCCGCCCCAUUCUCCCGCUUUCCAUCACACCGCCCCAUUCUCCCGCUUUCCAUCACCCCGCCCCAUUCUCCCGCUUUCCAUCACCCCGCCCCAUUCUCCCGCUUUCCAUCACCCCGCCCCAUUCUCCCUCCUUCCAUCACCCCGCCACAUUCUCCCGCUUUCCAUCACCCCGCCCCAUUCUCCCGCUUUCCAUCACCCCGCCCCAUUCUCCCGCUUUCCAUCACCCCGCCCCAUUCUCCCGCUUUCCAUCACCCCGCCCCAUUCUCCCGCUUUCCAUCACCCCGCCCCAUUCUCCCGCUUUCCAUCACCCCGCCCCAUUCUCCCGCUUUCCAUCACCCCGCCCCAUUCUCCCUCUUUCCAUCACCCCGCCCCAUUCUCUCGCUUUCCAUCACCCCGCCCCAUUCUCCCGCUUUCCAUCACCCCGCCCCAUUCUCCCGCUUUUCAUCCCCCCGCCCCAUUCUCCCGCUUUCCAUCACCCCGCCCCAUUCUCCCGCUUUCCAUCACCCUGCCCCAUUCUCCCGCUUUCCAUCACCCCGCCCCAUUCUCCCGCUUUCCAUCACCCCGCCCUAGCACUUAG